UUUUUGGUCAGAAACCAAACAAAUUGAACUCCACCCGAUAAACACCUACUCCCACUUUCCUUCACUCCUCGCCUUUUUCUUCAUCCAUAAAAAAAAAAAAUUCUGAAGGAAAAGACCCUAUUCGCUGAUCUUUGAUUGAGUAGAAUGGCAGAGCAUGAUCUAACGUCACGUCUCCUCUCUCCUCGAUCGUCCGAUCAACCCCACACUGUCCUCACCGUCCACGACGGUGAAGACUCUGAACCCUCCGAUCGACCGCCAUCUAAUCAACAAUACUCCAUCCAAACCCGCAUUCCUUAUCACAAUCAUAAUCACAACGGAAUCAACAACGAGAACGGCCACGUCAGCUGUCAGAAUCCGUACGAGUUUCUCGGGUCGGUCGGGUUCUCGGUUCCGGCACCGAGCACCGUUGAUCCGUUUCGAAACGGGACGCCGUUUAUUUCCGGGGUUUACGAAAUGAUAAAGAUUGUCCUGUGUUUGCCAAUUGCUUUAGCGAGAUUGGUACUGUUUGGGGCGUGUUUGGCAGUUGGUUAUAUCGCGACCAGGAUAGCGUUAGAAGGGUGGAAGGAUAAGCAAUACCCAAUGCCCAAAUGGAGGUCUAGAAUCAUGUGGGUCACUAGGGUUUGUGCUCGCUUUAUUCUUUUCUCUUUUGGCUAUCAGUGGAUUAGAAGAAAAGGAAAACCAGCUCCAAGAGAGAUUGCUCCAAUUGUUGUAUCUAAUCAUGUAUCAUAUAUUGAACCCAUUUUUUAUUUCUAUGAAUUAUUUCCGACAAUCGUUGCAUCAGAGUCCCAUGAUUCCAUGCCCUUUGUUGGAACUAUUAUCAGGGCAAUGCAGGUGAUAUAUGUUAAUAGAUUCUCACCAGCAUCAAGAAAGAAUGCUGUAAAUGAAAUAAAGAGAAGGGCUUCAUGCGAUAAAUUUCCUAGAGUGCUACUAUUUCCUGAGGGAACCACGACUAAUGGGAAGGUCCUUAUUUCAUUUCAACUUGGUGCAUUCAUCCCUGGUCACCCAAUUCAACCUAUAAUUGUUCGUUAUCCUCAUUUACACUUUGAUCAAUCUUGGGGGCUUGUAUCUUUGGCUAAGCUCAUGUUUAGAAUGUUUACUCAGUUUCAUAAUUUUAUGGAGGUAGAAUAUCUCCCUAUCAUUAUGCCCCCUGAUCAUCAAAAACAAAAUGCAGUCCACUUUGCUGAGCGGACUGGUCAAGCUAUGGCAAGUGCUCUCAAUGUUGUACAAACAUCUCAUUCCUAUGGCGAUUUAAUGCUUCUCAUGAAAGCUGCUCAACUACAAAAGGAAAAGCCCUGGAGUUAUAUGGUUGAAAUGGCCAGGAAUGAAUCGGUCAGUCAGGCAUUGAAACUCUCCACAUUUGAAACUUACCUUCUAUACCAUAUAAGCAGCUUGGAGGCUGUGGACUUUCUGGAUAAGUUUCUUUCUAUGAAUCCUGAUAACAGUGGUUGUGUUAAGCGUCAUGAUUUUUUGAGGGUUUUACAGCUAAAGAAGGCGUGUACACUUUCUGAAGAGAUUUUUGGGUUCCUUGAUGUGGAGAAGAAUGGAUCAAUUACAUUUAAGCAGUUCUUAUUUGGAUCAGCUCAUGUAAUGAAGCAACCACCAUUCAGGCAAGCCUGUGAACUAGCCUUUGCUGAAUGUGAUGUGGGGGGAGAUAACUACUGUUCGAAGGAAGAAUUGGCAGACAUUCUUAGACAGGCAAUUCCAGAUCUGAAUGAAGAUGAGGUCGAUGGGUUGUUCACUCUUUUUGAUGCGGACAAUGAUGGGAGAAUCAGCGUAGAUGAUUUCCUUUGCUGCCUGAGAAAGAAUCCUUUGCUGAUAGCGCUGUUCUCACCCAGAUUGCUGCAUAGAGACUUUGUAAAAAUCUAAUGAUUGAAUGCUCACACGAACACGAACACGAACACGAACACUUAUCUCUUAAAUGUAUUGAUUUGUACUGAUUUCCUUCAUCCUUUUUAAUUAAUGUUUAUGAUCAUAGAUUCAUAGUUAUUAAAAAUCAAAUUAACAUAAAUGAGUCUUUUUUUCUCCAUCUUGGACCUCUCUUCCUGCGUGUCAGGCAUGCAACAAGAGUUCCAUCGUCGUUAUCAGAAAUGGAUUCCCACUUUUUGGCUUUUACAUUCGUGCUUUUAACCAGGGCUAACUCCUUUCCCUUUCUCUUUUUGAUCGAAGGGCACAAAACAAAGAAAAACGAACAUGAGUAUUAGGUAGAAAGUUAAACCACAAUGAAGUGUGAGUGUAGACAUCAAGAGUUAGAAAGAUCAGUAAACAGGAGAGUCCACUCUGGACUUGCUCUCUUUGCUUAAAUUCACACCUCUUGGCUACGAAAAGCUUCCCACUUAGAGGGCUCAAACUGAAAAGAAAUCCUGCUUUGUAUAUAGACUUUUCAAUGCAAUUGCACAUCCAAAUUAUCAUAUUUCCUUUUCACAACAAAAACAAAAGUUGAGUGGUGAGAAUUCUCUCCUAAAAUCCAGCAAGAAAAUCCCAUCUUAGAUAUCCCUUUUCCUUCUUUUUUCUAAUGCAAAGCUUUUCCUUCUGCUUUUCAGCUCACAGUUUCCCCCAUUAUUUGCAUCUCAGUUUAAAUGUCACAUCUGAUUUUGUUAUUUCGCA